UCCCUGGUUACCCUGCUAAUUUGCUCACAAGCCUCCUCUUGUAAAUAGAGAGUACAAAGGCUCCUGUGAACAGCGUGCCCGACGAGCAAAUUCUGACUUCACUGGAAAGGCUUCAGACGGAGCACAGCAAGCCCCAGCACGGGCUGCCAUGGGCUCCGUGGGCAGCCAGCGCCUCAAGGAGCCCAGCGUGGCGGGCACGCCAGACAGGAGCGUGGUGAUGAGCUUCAGCUUCGACAGCUGCCAGCUGGAGGAGGAGGUGGCGGCGGGGACGGCUCAGGGCCAGGGCGGUGUGGCUGGGGUUGUCCCGGCUCUCGCGGACUCCGCGGUAGAGGAGCCGGUGCCCGACGACCGCUACCACGCCAUCUACUUUGCGAUGCUGCUGGCCGGCGUGGGCUUCCUGCUCCCGUACAACAGCUUCAUCACCGACGUGGACUACCUACACCACAAGUACCCAGGGACCUCAAUUGUGUUCGACAUGAGCCUCACGUACAUCUUGGUGGCACUGGUGGCCGUGCUCCUGAAUAACGCGCUGGUGGAGAGACUGAACCUGCACACCAGGAUCACCGCGGGCUACCUCUUGGCCUUGGGCCCCCUCCUCUUCAUCAGCAUCUGUGACGUAUGGCUGCAGCUCUUCUCUCGUGACCAGGCUUAUGCCAUCAACCUGGCCGCUGUGGGCACCGUGGCCUUGGGCUGCACAGUGCAGCAAUCCAGCUUCUAUGGGUACACGGGGAUGCUGCCCAAGAGGUACACCCAGGGCGUGAUGACCGGGGAGAGCACGGCGGGCGUGAUGGUGUCCCUGAGCCGUAUCCUCACCAAGCUGCUGCUGCCGGACGAGCGGGCCAGUACGCUCAUCUUCUUCCUGGUGUCCGCGGGCCUGGAGCUGCUCUGCUUCCUGCUGCACCUGCUGGUGCGACGCAGCCGCUUCGUGCUCUACUACACCACGAGACCCCGCGACAGCCGUGGGGGCUGCAGGGCCGGCUACCGCGUGCACCACGACGUUGCUGCGGGGGACAUCCAGUUUGAGCACCAUUGCCCAGGCCUAGCCAACAGCGGGUCCCCGAAGGACAGCCCAGCCCACGAGGUGACCAGCGGCGGUGGGGGCACCUACACGCGCUUCGACAUGCCACAGCCGAGAGUCACGCGGAGCUGGCCCUCCUUCAGAGCCCUGCUGCUGCACCGCUACGCCGUGGCCCGCGCCAUCUGGGCUGACAUGCUCUCCAUCGCCGUCACCUACUUCAUCACGCUGUGCCUCUUCCCGGGUCUCGAGUCCGAGGUCCGCCACUGCGUCCUGGGCGAGUGGCUGCCCAUCCUCAUCAUGGCUGUGUUCAACCUCUCCGACUUCGUGGGCAAGAUCCUGGCAGCUCUGCCCAUGGACUGGCGGGGCACCCACCUGCUGGCCUGCUCCUGCCUGCGCGUGGUCUUCAUCCCCCUCUUCAUCCUGUGCGUCUACCCAAGCGGCACGCCCGCCCUGCGCCACCCGGCCUGGCCCUGCGUCUUCUCUCUGCUCAUGGGCAUCAGCAACGGCUACUUUGGCAGCGUGCCCAUGAUCCUGGCAGCGGGCAAAGUGAGCCCCAAGCAGCGUGAGCUGGCAGGCAACACCAUGACCGUGUCCUACAUGACGGGGCUGACGCUGGGCUCCGCUGUGGCCUACUGCACCUACAGCCUCACCCGGGACGCCCCCAGCAGCUGCUUCCACACCUCCACAAACACCUCCUUCCCCGGCCUCUGAGCCAGGCCUGGCCACCCCCGAGGCCCGAGGCCCCCUCCCCGCCCCUGCCUGCAGUGCCUGCGGGGCCCCGGCCUCCUCCCCGUGCCAGUCACGCCCCCUCUGGGCCCAGCUGCCCUGUCACUCCGGCCCCAGGGCUAUGCUGAGCCAUCCCAGGGCCACCCAGGGCCGCCCAGCACUGUGCUCCCCGUCCUGUCUCGCACCUGCCCUUCAUCCCCUGUGUGCGGUGGCCCCGACUCUAGCCAGGCCAGUGCUCUCUGGGGUCACAGCCGUCCCCAGCCAGAAGAGCAGGCCACCAGCGGGGGCCACUCUUGGCGACCCCCACCCAUGGCCACCUGUCCCCGCCAUCCAUGGCACCUGACCCCACCCUCUUUCACCAGGGAGCCCUCCCCAAGGAGAGGGCCUCUCCCCUCUACCUGUCCCUAAACACUAGUUCUCCCAAGCAAAAUGCAUUUGCCACGACGGUAUAGUAGCCCUGGAUCUGAAUGCCCUCAGACCGUGGUCUACACUGGCCUCUCUACCACCAUAGCUUGUGCGCUGGCCUGGGUGCACCCACCCCGCAUCGAGAGCCCCCCUCCAUGCACCCAGGCGCCCACCUAGGCCACAGGCCUGGGAGUCUGCACCUGACCGGGGACCCCUGUCCACUUCUCUGGCUCCACCCCAUCCGUCUGUAAUGCCGCAAGGGGACACACGCAGGCUGAAGUCAUCUCUUGACUUAGACCUUGAUCCUCACCCAGCGAGGCCCAAGGAAGGACAGGAGUCACUGCAAGUAGGUGGGGGGGGUCCCCUCCCCAGUCAGGAUCCUCAAGCUCCAAGUCUGGGGUGCCCUGAGCUGAGGGGAUUCUGGAGCAUCUUGCCAAAGACAGACUUUUCCAGGGGGAGGAUGGCCUGCCCUGCCACGCCCAUGGCACACUUGUGACCACCCUGGCCCUCUAUGUCCUGUCCACCUGUCUGUCCACUAACUACCGCACUGGCCAUUAAAAUAUGAAGGCAGAGAACUGCCCA